GGGGUGCCAGGGGCCAGGCCCAGAAUAGUGCUGCCCAGCCACGGCGUCCAGCACUUGCUCUCUGUCGGUCCUGCCGGCCGCAUGGAGCCCGAGCUGGAGCACGCACUGCGCAGGACCCCGUCCUGGAGCAGCCUUGUGGGACCUCAGAACCGAGAGCUGAGCUUCCUAGAGCAGGGAGCUGGUACUUCAUGGCCAUCGCCAGCCACGACCAGCAGCUCAAAAAGAAGCCGCAGGAGACGGAGGGCCAAGGCCUCGAGGUGGGCAAGGCAGGAGGCUGUGGAGGAAGAGGACCUGCCAGGCCUGGGGCAAGGUCCCCGAUCCAGGCCAGCUGCUGAGUCCAUCGGGCUGGAGGCCACAUUCCCCGGGGCCACACCCUUGGCCCAGGCUGCUCCCUUGGACAUCCUCCCCUGCGAGUCCGGAGCCUCCGCCCCUGGCUCCAGCACAGACAGCCAGCAGCUGGGCACAGAGGCCACAGCAGCCUGCGGGUAUGAGCUCAGCCCGGUGGAAGAGAGGCCCGCCCCGUACUCACCCCUGCAGGCCCCAUUACCCAGGCAGGGCCUGGAUGAUGAGCUGCAGAAGCCGGGGGCCCAGGUCUACAUGCACUUCAUGCAGAAGCACACCUGCUACGAUGCCAUGGCAACCAGCUCCAAGCUGGUCAUCUUCGACACCACGCUGGAGAUCAAGAAGGCCUUCUUCGCCCUGGUGGCCAACGGUGUCCGGGCCGCACCUCUGUGGGACAGCAGGAAGCAGAGCUUUGUGGGGAGUGCUGACCAUCACAGACUUCAUCUUGGUGCUGCAUCGGUAUUACAGGUCCCGCUGGUCCAGAUCUACGAGAUUGAAGAACAUAAGAUUGAGACCUGGAGGGAAAUCUAUCUCCAGGGCUGUGUCAAGCCUCUGGUCUCCAUCUCUCCCAAUGACAGCCUGUUCGAAGCCGUCUACAGUCUCAUCAAGAACCGGAUCCACCGCCUGCCCGUCCUGGACCCCGUCUCAGGCGACGUGCUCCACAUCAUCACGCACAAGCGGCUGCUCAAGUUCCUGCACAUCUUCGGCUCUCUGCUGCCCCGUCCCUCCUUCCUCUCCCGGACCAUCCAAGAUCUGGGCAUCGGCACAUUCCGAGACUUGGCUGUGGUGCUCGAAACGGCACCCGUCCUGACCGCACUGGACAUCUUCGUGGACCGGCACGUGUCCGCGCUGCCUGUGGUCAACGAAGACGGUCAGGUCGUGGGCCUGUACUCCCGCUUUGACGUGAUCCACCUGGCCGCCCAGCACACCUACAACCACCUGGACAUGAGUGUGGGAGAAGCGCUGAGGCAGAGGACGCUGUGUCUGGAGGGCGUGCUUUCCUGCCAGCCAGAGGAGGCCUUGGAGGAGGUCAUCGACCGGAUCGUGCGGGAACAGGUCCACCGGUUGGUGCUAGUGGAUGACAGCCAGCAUCUCCUGGGCGUGGUGUCCCUCUCCGACAUCCUCCAGGCGCUGGUGCUCAGCCCUGCGGGCAUCGAGGCCCUCAGUGCCUGAGAAGACCCGAGUCCUCGUUCCCAGGCUGCCUUCCACACCCGGAGCCCAUGAAGGGAGCUGGGGCGUCGGCCCUCAUCUUCCCCCACCCCCAUUAGCUGGUUCGACUCUGGUUCAGGUAGGCUCUGCUCUGGGCCACUGGCCUCAGCACCAGCCCCGCGGUCUUUCCUGGGCCCCCAGAUCUCACGCUGGGGUACUCUGAGGAUAGGGAGUGGCCCAGCUCCUAGCUGAGCAGCCCCACGAAAACCACAAGAGUCAGAACUCACCGUGGGGCCGUCGUGUUGUUUUCUUCUCUGUUGAGGUCACAGAGCCCCUCUUGAGAGGGGGCACAGGGGCCAGGACAAAGGCAAGGGCAGUGUGAUGUGACUUCAGGUGCCCCAGGGAGAACACCUGCCCUUUCACAAUUCAGUUCCCCCUGCUUGGAAUGCCGCUACUGGGAGGAAGCAAGUUGAUGCAACUUUGUUAAAUGGCAUUUCCCUGCUCAGUAAGAACUCAGGCUAGAAGGAGGGAGCUUCUAAUACUCUUCUCAGUAAAUGUGAAUGAUCUCAGA